AUUUGGAGCUGCGGGCUUGGGUUCGGUGUGUUUUCACCUUGGCCCAGCCCCUCGCCUGGGGGCAACCCGCUCCCGUGGGAUUUGGGAUGGCGGAGCUCCUGGCAGCGCCGCUGGAGAAGUCGGAGAUCGAGGAGCUGAAGGCGCUCUUCCCGGACUUCCAGGGGGAGGUGCCUGAGGAGGCCGCCUACUGGAAGAAGUCGGACCUUGAGCUGUUCAUCGCCAGCAACGGCCAGUUGCGGCCAAAGGGCGAAGCCCCGAAGGCGGCCAGCGCGUUCCUGUCGCGAGCGCGCCAGGCGCUGGCCGAGCGCAAGAUCGGGGAGGCCUCCCAGGAGUAUUUGUCCUGGUGCCGGCACCUACGAGCUGGCAGCAGCUAUCAGCCGGCGGUGGCCUCGUGCAAGCCGGUGGCCUCGGCCCCAAGUUGCCCCGCGGUGCCGCGCAACCCGCUGGUGGUGCCCUGCCCGAAGGCUUGGUGCGGCCAGCCCUGGACUCUGGACUUCUGGCGGCUCCAUGGCUCGCAGAUGUGGUGGACCUGUCGCUCCAAGUCCCCGGCCUUCGAGCGGGACCGCAAGGGGCAGGACACCGCGGACGUGGAGGGCUCCCCCAGCGAGUACGUGGACUAUGCGCGCCUGCUGCAGCAGAUGGAUCCCCAGUGCUCGGAGGAGAAUGCCUUGGCGUAUCCCCGGCUGAUGAUGGAUGGGUGGUGCCCGUUCAUCAGCACAGAGGGCCUGAGGCUGCUGGAGAGGCACUGGAAAGAGUUGGCACCGCCAGGGGUCCGGGACUUGUCUGCCAAGUGGAUCCGGAUGUUCACAAAGAUCUUCAAUUUGGAGUUCUUGGACUUCUUCGCGCGAUUCUUCAAGGUCUCCCUGGGUGCCCCCGGAUGCAUCAGCAGGCUCCACGUCACCAACAACGGUGGCCACACCUGGUACACCCAGCUCGAGGGCAGGCGGCUCUUCGUUCUUUUCUCCCCUGCCGAAGCGGCGAAGCUGGCGCAGGAGGAAGGAGGGGCAGUGGAUCACGUGGAAGGCUACGCGGCCGCGGUGAGCCCGGUGGACAUCUUCUUCCCCAACCCCAAGAGGCACGCCGCGCUGGCCACCGCGAACGCCCAGACGACGGUCCUGGAGCCGGGCCAGUCCCUCAUUGUGCCUGCGGGCUGGUGGCACUAUGCAGUGCAUUUGGAAGCCUCGGCCACGCUGCACCAUGCCUUCUGGGGCCUCCAGACCCGUGGCAGCUUCUCCGAGGAGCUGCGGGAGGCCUUCAUCGCCAGCAAGAUGCCGGCGGAUCUCCGCGAGAUGGCCGACAGGAAUAUCUCAGAACUCCACGGCCGCAUCAUGGACGAUGAUGACGAUGAUUCGGACUUGGACGUGUAAUGAGGCA